GGCGACUAGUCAAGAUCGCUUCCCAUCCCUCCUCCUUCUCUCCCAACUAAUCCCAACAGGAUAGCAUCUCUGUCACAAUGUCUACGCCUCAGGACUCCAUCGAUAACAAUAUCGAGAUGUGGAAGGUGAAGAAGCUGAUCAAGGGUCUUGAAGCAGCUCGUGGAAACGGAACGUCCAUGAUCUCGCUCAUUAUUCCUCCCGGUGAUCAGAUCUCCCGCGUUGCCAAGAUGCUGGCGGAUGAGUACGGAACCGCCUCCAACAUCAAGAGUAGAGUCAACAGGCUGUCUGUGUUGAGUGCCAUCACCUCGACCCAGGCACGUCUGAAGUUAUACACCAAAGUUCCUCCUACUGGACUUGUUGUGUACUGUGGCACCGUCGUCACCGAUGAGGGCAAGGAGAAGAAGGUCAACAUAGAUUUCCCUCCUCACAAGCCUAUCAACACCUCUUUGUACAUGUGCGAUAACAAGUUCCAUACCGAAGCUCUUUCUGAGCUGCUCGAGUCCGACUCCAAGUUUGGAUUCGUCAUCAUGGAUGGUAACGGUACCCUGUUUGGUACCGUCUCUGGAAACACCCGCGAUGUCAUUCACAAGUUCACUGUUGAUUUGCCCAAGAAGCACGGUCGUGGAGGUCAGUCCGCCCUUCGUUUCUCCCGUCUUCGCGACGAAAAGCGCCACAACUACGUCCGCAAGGUCGCCGAGAUGACUGUCCAGCACUUUAUUACCAAUGACAAGGUCAAUGUCACUGGUUUAGUCUUGGCCGGUUCUGCUGAUUUCAAGACCGAGCUUUCCCAAUCCGACCUGUUUGACCCACGUCUCCAAGCCAAGGUUGUCAAGAUUGUCGAUGUCUCUUAUGGUGGCGAGAACGGUUUCAACCAGGCCAUCGAGCUCAGUGCUGAGGCCCUUUCCAACGUUAAGUUCGUCCAGGAGAAGCGCUUGAUUUCAAAGUACUUCGACGCCAUUUCUCAGGACACUGGAAAGUACUGCUUCGGAGUUGAGGAUACCUUGAAGGCACUGGAUAUGGGCGCUGUCGAGACCCUGAUCGUCUGGGAGAACUUGGAUAUUGCCCGUGUCACCCUCCGCAACUCCCAGGGAGAGCUCGACAUCAAGCACUUCACCAAGGAGCAAGAAAAAGAGCGCACUAACUUUAUCGAUCCCAUCGAUGGCUCGGAGAUGGAGAUCGUGGAGAAGAUGUCCUUGCUGGAGUGGCUUGCUGAGAAGUACAAGGAUUUCGGUGCUACCCUUGAGUUCGUCACCAACAGGUCUCAGGAAGGCUCUCAGUUCGUGAAGGGAUUCGGAGGUAUCGGAGGCAUCCUUCGCUACAAGCUCGACUUUGACGCUAUCACAUACGACUCGGACGAGUUCUUCUCGGAUUGACCCGAUGAUGAGGACAACGCUGCAUCGCUUCAGGAGGGGAAGGAAUUGGGUGGCGUCGUGCGCCCAGUUUAAACAGAGAGACGAAUAAGUUUAUGACAGAGAAGCUAUCUGGUCUCUGUGUUCGAAGGAAACCUAGAAUUUAUUUUUCGAACGUCGUCAGAUGAGCAUGCGGGUGCUUGAGUAUUGCAAGAGAUCCAUUUUUGAAAUCAGAGGCACGGAGGAAAAGCACGAUUAAAGAACUUGAUGUUGCUAUAAGUCACUAGUGCCUUUGAAAUGCAUUCUACUUACGCUCUCCACAGCGAC